AUGUCUGCCGUAAAGUCUACCAGAGAUGGCGGCAUUGAUUUCGCUCUUUAUCGCUACACGCCGUCUAUAGCAGCAGCCAUAGUCUUCGCUGCAAUAUUUCUCCUUCUUUCUAUUCUACACUUGAUUCGACUGGUUCGAAAUCGCACCUACUUCUUCAUUCCUUUCCUCGUGGGCUUACUAUUUGAAUGCGCUGGCUACAUUGCUCGCAUCUUCUCACAUUUCAAUACCACUGCACUCGGCCCAUAUAUCGUCCAAACAAUGCUAAUUCUUGUCGCACCCCCAUUAUUUGCUGCCUCUAUAUACAUGACCCUCGGUCGGAUUAUUGUCAAGCUUGACGCAGAAAGCAACUCCAUCGUCCCAGUCCGGUUCCUUACCAAAAUAUUCGUUAUUGGCGAUGUCAUAUCUUUCCUUCUUCAGUGUGGAGGUGGGGGUUACAUGGCCGCUGGAACUCUGUCCGCCAUGGACACCGGUGCGAAUAUUGUUGUGGGAGGCUUAGUCGUUCAGCUUCUCUUUUUUGGAUUCUUCAUCUUGGUCUCCGCCGUGUUCCACUGGCGAGUCAAGAAGCAGCCGCGGUAUAUCCACGUCUCAGAACGCGUGCGGUCGCAUGGCGUCGAGAGUCGCAUGACAUGGGAAUCCGUAAUGUGGGCACUCUACGCUGCCUGCCUGCUUAUUCUGGUGCGAUCGGUAUUUCGAGUUGUGGAAUUUGUGGAAGGAAAUGAUGGGUUCAUCAUGCGCAGAGAGUAUUUGCUCUAUAUUUUCGACGCGUGCCUCAUGACGUUGACUGGAAUUGUGUUGUUUAUUGUCCACCCCAGCUCAUUUCUAUCCUCGGGUCGGAAGAGGGAUAGUGAGCUGCAACUUGUCUCCACGGAGGAAGGAUGUAACGUUCAUACAAAACCACGAGCAUAA